UUGUUUCCCUCAAACUUCCUUUCAGUUUUGUGUUUCCCUUAAUUCCAACAGUUCUGAGAAUUCCUCAUCUCCGUCCUCCUCUUAAAACCCUAAAGUCUCCGCCCACCCCACACACACACACACAACAAACCAGCAUCAUCUUCUCUGUACGUCGCUGCUACUGUGGGUAUUGACGACAGUAAUCAUGUCAAUCAAUUAUGGACCUUGGACGGAGCAAGGCAAUGAACUUAUCCGGUGGAUCCCCCAGCCGAUGAUCCCUCCUCUGCCAUAUUAUGGUAAUUAUAGUCACUCUUAUUUUGGACCGAAUUACGGUAACCUUGUGCCAUAUUAUGGUAAUUCUAGGCACACUUAUACUCCAGCGUAUGGACUUGAAUAUGUGUGGAUUGACUUGAAUAAUUAUAUCCCUCCUUACAUCCUUGAUCACUACGGCUAUGCUUAUCCAAGUGGUGCAUUCAGAUCAAUUAUCAAGUCUGGUACUCAAUUUGAUGAUACUUUGAGUUGUACACUUAGCAACAGUAUAAAUAUUGUGGUAGAUUGGGUUAAUCUGCCAAAAGAGUUAGUUACUAAGGUUGCUGAACAUUUGGAACUUUAUGAAGACUUUGAGACUUUACAAUUGGUUUGUUCUCCUUGGAGAUUAGCUGCAAAAGACGCUCAUUUCCGAGCCUUUAUUAACAAUAAUACUAGUACUAUUGGUAUUGGUAAACACACACUUCCAUUGUUGAUGAUACCACCUUUACAAUUGAUUAGCUUCUCUAAGAAUAUGAUUCGCCAUAUUAAUCUCCCUGACUCCUUAAUCGAUCAACAACUCAAAGGGCAAGGCUAUAUCAAAAGGUUGUUAUCUUCUUAUGGUUGGCUAUUUACGAAAGGAGGAGUAGGAGAUAAACUCUGGAUCUUCAACCCCUUCUCCGGUGUCAUUAUAGAGCCACCUGAAAUUAGGCCAUCAUGGAUUGAUCGGUCUGGUGAAAUAUACUAUGAAAAAUUUGUAUUGUCAGCCAACCCUUCAACCACAUCUGAUUUUGUUGCUUUUCUUGUAUUAGGACGCGACCAUUUAAAUACCCGCCUUACUCCAUCAAUGUUGUUAUACUGGAGGAAUGGCGGUAGUAGUUGGAUUCCAGUGACUGAUAAUGUAGGAAUAGGAGAUUACUAUUUUCUUAACGAUGAUAAUUUUCUUCGUUGUUAUUGUCGUGACAUAACUUAUUAUCAAGGAGAAUUCUACGGCGUUAAUUUUAAAGGGAAAGUUGUCAAAUUUCAGACAAAUCAAUUUAAAUUUGGUAAUCAUACAGUCACUCAGUUGGAAUCCAUUGGGUAUAGAUGGUUAUAUUUAUAUUACUUGGUUGAAUCAGUAGGUCAGUUGUUGGUUAUCCGUCAAGUUAUGUGGGUGAAUACUAACCAUCAUUGGUGUCGGCGUUGUACCGUCAAAUUUGAGGUACUUGAGUUGAAUGUUGACACUGGAAAGGUGACGGAAGUGACAAGCCUGGGAAAUAGAGCUGUUUUUGUAGGUUCAAACUCUUCAUUUUCGGUUGAGGUAUCUCCUGCCCAUAAUUACUUUAAACCAAACUGCAUUUACAAGUGUGAUGAUUAUGUAACGUGCAGACAGAGUGGGUGUAGAGAUGAAGCUGAAGAUGGUUGCAUUUACAAUUUAACGGAUGGAAAGUUUGAGAAACUUUACGACUUUGCCAAAUGUAAUACACUACACCAGUGGGUUGAGACUCCUAAUUCAUCAUGAAUACACCGCUGGUCAACAUAAGCCCAUUCCUAUGGAAAAAUUAAUAUGGAUUGAGAUUCUUUCUAUUUUUUUAUUUAAAAAAUGCAAAUUACGUUUAUUUAUAAUGCUUUCAUUUUUAUCCAAAAUGUAACAUUGGGAAAAUGUUAGAGGUUAAAUGCCCUAAUAAAUUUAAUUGGU